UAUAGGAUGAUUUGUAGUUGUUGCGUACAACUAUCUACAAUUUAAGACAAAAUAUCCUGAGAUUUGAAGGCGGAUCAAUUAGGAAUUAGGCUUUUUGAGCCAUCAAGCGCUCCCUGGAGGAACACAAUAUUUUAAGCUAACAACACCACAGUCCCUCUCCCAGUGAAGGUUAGCAAAACCAAGCGUUACGUGGCGGUACACUGGAAAGGAGACCAGAGGCCGUUCGUUUAGGGUGGCCAUCCGUCCUUACAGAUAUGCGAUUUGCCGUAUUUAAGCUGGUCAGAUGCCGUCACGGUGAAAUCGUUCCAGAUCGCCAAUUUAACAUUGAUAAACUGGGAACUUUGCCUACGGUGGUAAGGGACUGUCUGAAAUGUCCACACAGUGUGCUAAAACUGAGUUUAUAUAUAUAUAUAUAUAUAUAUAUGUAUAUAUAUGUAUAUAUGUGUAUGUGUGUGUGUAUAAACUAUCCAAAAUACAUAACUAUACAUAAGAUAAAGAAGACAAAUAAUCAAAAAAUAAAUAUGUUUUUAAAAUAUAUGAUGUUUUACUUUGAAUAAGUCAUUGGUCAGGAAAGUUCUCAUUUUAGCAUAUAAUAAAGGAUAUACCAUUUUUUAUUAUUAUUAUUAUUAAUAACGCAUAUUAACUCAACACAUUUAUUGCUAAAACUGUGGAGGACGUGUUAGGGGCCAGUUUCCUCACAAAAGCAGUUUAUUCAGCACACUGAAGCAUCUCCUCCAUCGACAUCUAAUAUAAUAAUAAUAUAAUAUAAUAUAAUAACAGCUUCUUGUCUCCUCGCCAGUGUACCGCCCAUAGAAUGUCUAUGGGACCACCACGUUAUGCAUUGCUUUCCUAACCUUGUAGGUUAACCUUGAUAUAAGGGCACUAUUAUUGAUGUCAGGGCCAUUAUCUGAUUGGCUUCGAAUACGUGAUACAAGGUUUGGAUCUGGAAUAAAUAAUCACUGGUAACGCUUGCUUUCCAACCAAAGGCAGUGAAAUCUGUAAACUAACUCUGGUUGGUCGAUUAUAGUCGCAUGGUGAUGACGUUACACAAACACGAGCUUUAUUAUUUUUGCCUCAUUUUGGCUUGUACUGUGUUCAGGCUCAUUUUAAUUUGCACAUAAUGAGUAAAAAAGGUAAUGUAUCAUGGGUGAAACCAGCCGAGCCAUCCUUUUUGAAGAAGUUCAAGAGUGAUGUUGGUUUUAAAGAGGGGCCGACAGUGGAGACUAAAAAAGAGCAGAUGCCGCAGUGUGAUGAUGACAGUGGUGACAGUGAUCGGGAGGAUGAAAUGCCCCAAGUUGUGGUCCUGGAAAAGGGAGAUUUGAGUGCUGAAGAUGUUGUAAAUCUAAAAAAAGAUACAAAGGGUUCCAAGACAGAUGAUCAACCUCCCCUGGAUGGAAAGAUCGUCUUUAAAAAGCCUGUCAAACGCUCCUCUGAUAAAUUCGAAGGCAUUACUGCCAGCUCUAGUAAGAAGAAGAAAAAUGAGGAUGGUGAGAAGAAAGAGUCAAAGACAGGUGUGAAAGUAAAGAACAACAGUCUACUGUCUUUCGGUGGUGAUGACGAGGAGGAAGACUAGCAGCAUCUCUGGGUCAGACUAUUUCUCAGACUGAUCCUUGCAAUGUUCAAUCUGCUCUUUUAAAAACGUAUUUCCGUGUAUCUGAAUAGAUGUGUUGUGUGAGGGUGAUCAAAUCCAUGUAAGGUUUAAUUUUUACGAUAUAAUUUUGUAGUCAUUAUGAGCCUCUGCAGGAGCAUCUUCAACAGCAAAUUACUGGGAAGUAACAAUAUACAAUUCCAUUUUGAUCUCCAUGAUAGUCAUUGAUGACAUUUUUGAGAGAAUUUGUGACAAACCUGUUCAACCAAGAAAAGCAAAAGCAAGACAAAAGAACAUCAGAAAUGCUAAUUUGAUGGAAUAUCCACUAUAGAGGUUGACAUGACUAUAACAUAUUGUUUUGAUGAAAUGAAAUGAUCCUGCUGUGAGCUCAUUAGAUGUACAUAUAUGGCUUCUAUUAAGGAGCUGUGAAUGUUUUCCACUUUUUGCUGUUGUUUUUAGGUUUUUGUAUCUUCUAAAUCCCAGAUUCUGGGAAUUGUUUUAUUUGUAUUGUACUACUCAUUGUCACAUUAUGGGAAAGGAC